AUGGUUCGCUUCACCUCCCUCGUCGUCGCCGCUCUGACGGGCACGGGCGUCUUGACGGCCCCGACCCCCGAGACGGACGACAGCCUCGAGGUCCGCCAGCAGGGCGUCGAGCCCGGCCAGGGCGUCCACGACGGCUACUUCUACAGCUGGUGGACCGAUUACGGCGCCCCGGCCACCUACCGGAACCUGCCAGGCGGCACGUACAGCAUCGACUGGCAGUCGGGCGGCAACUUGGUCGGCGGAAAGGGGUGGAACCCAGGCCUGCGCGCGAGGGCCAUUGGCUACUCGGGCACCUACCAGCCCAACGGCAACUCCUACCUCGCCGUCUACGGCUGGAUGCGCAACCCCCUCGUCGAGUACUACAUUGUCGAGAACUUUGGCACCUACGACCCCAGCACGGGGGCGACCACCCUCGGCGAGGUGACCUGCGACGGGUCCACCUACAAGCUCGCCUCGUCCUGGCGCUACAACGCGCCCAGCAUCGACGGCAACCGCGACUUCCAGCAGUACUGGUCCAUCCGCACCAACAAGAGGGCCGGCGGUACCGUCAACACGGGCUGCCACUUUGAUGCCUGGGAGAGGGCGGGUCUGCGCUCCGGUCAGCACGACUACCAGAUUGUUGCCACUGAGGGCUACUACAGCAGCGGCUACGCAGAGAUUACCGUCAGCGACGUUGGCAGGGCGAGGAAGUGGUCUGGCAUCAGCUACGUCAACUCAUCACCCGAUAAGAUGCUCAUUCAACAUUCUCCACGUGACAACUGUCUGCUAGGCUAUAUGUCGACAACGUGA